AUGUCAUCGAAAGAUCCACCUCGACCACCCCCUGUUGAUAAGGGGAAAGGUAUUGCAAAAACAAGAAAGAGACGUAAUAAUUAUGUGCUUCGGAUUUCACUCAGACCCAUCACCCCUACCCCGGGCUUACAUAUGCCAUCCUUAUCUUCUCCACCUCCACCCACAGGGUUACAUAACCUUACAUCUAUCCUGGCGAUUCAUAUGUCGUCCUCAUCUUCUCAACCUCCACCCAUAGGGUUGCAUACCCAUGUUGUUGCUCCCAGGGCCCCUUCUAUACCACCCUCACAUAUACCAUCCUCAUCUUCCUCAACUCCACACACUGGGUUACAUACCCCUUCUACAAACAUUAGAGCAUCCUCAUCACCUCAUACUGUACCAUCUCCAGCCUCGAUUGGUGGCCCUCCUCUGCAGUCUACACCAUCCCUAGUUGCAGGUGAUAUAGUUGCCACACAGCCUAUGGUUGAUCCUGAUUUGGAUGCAGAACCUGACCCUCCUCUGCAGGAUCGCCCGAUGAUUGAACUUGUCGGUCGAGGGUUUUUUCCAUCUAGAGUUGCUUCACAGGCUAUCAUAAAGACAAUCAAACAACAAUUUCUUAAUCCUUGGCCAUCAUGGGGAUCAAUACCUGAAAAAGACAAGGACAUUUUCUGGAGAGUUCAGUGGGCACCAGAGCAUGAAAUUUCCAUUAAGAGAAAUUUCAACAGCAGAGCUUCUCAUCGUCUAUCUGAGAUGUUUAGAGAUGCUAGAAUGGCUAGAGAAAGGCCAGAAUGGAUUCCUAAUGAUGUGUGGACAAGGCUACUGGAAGAUUGGAAUUCUCCAAGUUAUCAGAGCAAAUGUAUUGCAGCUAAGAAGAAUAGGGCUUCUGAAACAGGUGGAACCCUACACACAGGUGGAUCCAUUACCAUUUACGAGCAUGCCCUUCGUAUGGCACGUGAGUUGGGACGCCAUGUGUUUCUUGAUGAAGUCUUUCAGCAGACACAUAUUCGGAAGGGUACUAGCGAGUAUGUGGAUGAGAGGUCUAGGAAGACAAAUGAAGAAUUUCAGACUAGGCUUUCUCAAGUCAGAUCUGAGGUUUCCUCAUGUGCUGAUGGAACACAAGAGCAAUCCUCUUCCCUAGUUCUGCAAUAUCUCCCUCCUGAUGCUCAAACUCGUCUUCAGCAGCCACAACCACAGCCACAACAGCCAAACCUUACUCAACAAAACUCUGAAAUCCCUCCACCUCAUCCUCAGCAACAAAAUAAUGAAGAGGACAAUAAUUUAAAUGAAGAAUCUUCUCCUGAUUAUGAAGAUUAUUAG